UCUUAGUCUAUCUUUCAAGAAAAAAAAACAGCGUUGGAUAAACCUCUUACCUGAGAUCUGAGAAGUGAAAAUCUAUAAGUAUACGAGAGAGUGCCGCCAGAUGAGUCAACUCGUUAGGAGAACAGCUUUACGAGCUCUGAUUGUUUGCGGCGGAGGAACUUGUAACAUGUCCGUGAGGUCUGUUUCCUCUGUUUUUGUCAUUAAAAGACCGGAUGAGAUAACAAAACGGAUGCAAAUUCAUGAUUGGUGCGGCGGUUUUGGCGAUUUUAAGAUCGGUUCUAAACAUGUGCAAGUAGGGAAUCUCAGCUUGAAGUGGAGGAGGAUGAGUUCUGCAUCGACGAUGGAGAAGAAAGUUGAAAACUCGACGGUGAAGAAGGAUCAAAACGGCGGUGGAUCGGUGGCGGUUCCAAGCUAUUGGGGAAUAGAGACAGCAAAGAUGAAAAUUACUCGGAGAGAUGGAUCGGACUGGCCUUGGAACUCUUUUAUGCCAUGGGAGUCUAGUCAAGCAGAUUUGUCGAUAGAUUUGAAAAAGCAUUACGUUCCCAAGAAUAUCGCCGACAAAAUCGCCUACCGGAUUGUCAAGCUCCUCCGUAUUCCCACCGAUUUAUUUUUUCAGAGACGAUAUGGAUGCAGAGCAAUGAUGCUAGAGACAGUAGCUGCAGUACCAGGAAUGGUUGGAGGAAUGCUACUCCACCUAAAAUCAAUCCGAAAAUUCGAACAUAGUGGCGGUUGGAUCAAAGCAUUACUCGAAGAAGCAGAGAACGAGAGGAUGCAUCUAAUGACGAUGAUGGAGUUAGUCAAACCUAAAUGGUAUGAGCGUCUUCUAGUGAUACUUGUGCAAGGGGUUUUCUUCAACUCGUUUCUCGUUUGUUACGUGGUUUCGCCGCGAUUAGCUCAUCGGAUUGUUGGAUAUUUAGAAGAAGAAGCUAUACAUUCUUACACCGAGUUUCUUAAAGAUAUCGAUGAUGGCAAGAUCGAGAAUGUUGCCGCGCCCGCCAUUGCUAUUGAUUAUUGGAGAUUGCCUAAAGAUGCUACGUUGAAAGAUGUUGUUACUGUGAUCCGUGCUGAUGAAGCUCAUCAUCGUGAUGUCAACCAUUUUGCUUCAGACAUUCGCAACCAAGGAAAAGAAUUGCGAGAAGCAGCAGCUCCGAUUGGUUAUCACUAAACCAAUUUCAAAGAGUCUUCUACUUAGAUAGUUUUCUUAUGAAUUUGGUUGAAUGUACUAAACAUUUAAAAAAGGGGGUUUCAGAUUAUAAAAUUGCGUCUCAACCA